AUGGAACGACAUCGCAAUGUCACUGAGGACCCGCGGUCAGAUCCAGUGCACUUUUCCUAUUCUCAGGAUAUACCAUCGUCUCCUCCAUCCAUCGUCUCUGAGGCUGGGACUCGGCGGAAACCUAAGAGACCGCCUCCAGUGACUCCACGCUCAUUCAAGAGGUUUUUCACACCUCGAUCGUCUCUCAAUGCCGCUGCAAAUGUUACAACGCGACAAGCACUGAGGGAACUCAACACGACAUCUUUGAAUCGGCGGGGCCCAGCCUUCACCAAGGCCAAAUCUUUGAACGCACCAAAUACGAUCGGCCAUGGAAUCUUGAAAAGUCCAUUUGCGGAAAUUUCUAGGACUCCAAACAGGAAGCGGAAACUAUCUUUCUCUUCACCUGCGUCUCCGCCGCAAUCUUCUCCAAUUCGAAGGGUGCGCCUGGCCCCUCCCAUUGAAGAUGAUCGCUUAGUCGAGAAGACAGUGAACGAGAUUGAGCUCAAAUUCCCUCCUGAAACGAUUAUCUCGCCACGAAAGUCAAUUCAGAAGCAGCUAUUUGCUGCCAAGCCGCCAGUGGAACCUGUUCGUCGGUCAAAAGUGCUUGCUACAUCAGGCGAGUACUGUUUGCGCAGCCUCUCGGGACGAAUGAAUCGACUUACUAUGCGAUGCAAUUAUGGAAGUGAUUGGAGAGAUCAAACAUCAACCUUCUAUUCUCGGCCAACGGACGUCCAUCAGAAUAUCAGUGUCAAUGAGGACCGCCCUGCCCUUCCUUUCUGCAUUGCCCCCUGCAGGACAAAUUCACUUGUGGCUAUCGGAGAUGAAGAAGGAGGAAUUCGAUUAGUGGACUCGGCGAAAGACGAUAAGGUUGGAUUUUCGAAGGCACACUUGUCGUUCCGCGCACAUGGAAAUUCCAUAAUGAACCUCGAAUUCUCAUCUGAUGAUAUGCUUCUUGCAACUGCUGCUGGCGACCAAACGACACUCAUCUUCGAUAUGAUCACUCAGAAACCGAUUCACUGCUUAUCGAACCACACUUCAUCGGUGAAGCAUGUACAAUUUCAACCAGCAUCGAACAACAAAAUGCUUGCGACAUGCAGCCGCGACGGCACUGUGAAUAUCUGGGAUCUACGAUGCAAAGGCCAUGAGAACCCUUCUAUGGAGAUUCACUGCGCUCUCGAUCAAGACGGAACCUCCUUGGCAUCUCCGCCCAUGAUAAACUAUCCUCAGCCAUUGAGGACUAUUCAAGAUGCUCAUGCUUUCAUGUCGAGAAGCUCGAAAUUAGCCGCGGUUCAGAAACAGGACAGUCAUUUCAGCAGAGAGAACGUCACGGUAACCUCUCUUUCUUUCUUACCAGCGGGCCGUGAAAACUUGUUUGUAACGGCAUCCGAGGCCAAUGCCUGCAUUAGAUUGUGGGAUAUGCGCACGUCGUACAAUAUCCGGAGAGGAAGCCCUGCCCCUUUAUCUACAACACGCGAACCGGACAGCCACGUCAAUCACAGAUCUUACGGUGUUACAUCCAUGGUACUGAACGGAGAUGGCUCAAGAUUAUAUAGUCUUUGUCGAGACUUGGCCGUAUAUGCUUACUCGACCUCACACUUGGUUCUGGGCAGCUCUCCAGAUUUGGCCCUGAACAAUGACCGACCUAGACGUGCUGGCGGCCCCGACAAAGAAGGUCUCGGACCUCUCUACUGCUUCCGGCAUCCUCGACUACAGGUAUCAACUUUCUAUGUUAAGGCUGCUCUACGACCAGCCAAGGACGAUAAAGCUGAAAUGCUUGCUGUUGGCAGCAGUGAUAACUGUGCCAUCCUGUUCCCUACGGAUGAACGAUUUCUGUCAACGUCCCAGCCAACAGCGCAGACGCAGAAUGAUCUCCCACCUACUAUCCGACCACCUCUGGUUCGAUCUGGUCUUCGACGGACCAACUCCGAUAUGUCCUUUUCCGGCAGACCAGAAAGCUCGAUCCCUACAUAUCGGUCUGGAACCCCUCUUGUUAGCGGUCACUUGAAGGAGGUUUCGGCUGUGUCGUGGACGUACGACGGCGAGUUGGUCACUGUAAGCGAUGACUAUACCGCCAGGUGCUGGCGUGAAGGACCCGAUGCGCGCGAUUUGCGUACCGGGGGCGAAACAGAUGGUCGACGCUGGGGUUGUGGUUGGGCGGACACCCCAGACUCUUACGAUGAUGAGGAAGAAUGA